AUGGUAUCCGCCAGGAUAUCUCCACAGCUCAUCCUUAAAAGAGUUCGCGGAGUUUUUAUAGCUUUUUUAGGUGUCUUAACACCCUCUGUUCUUGAUGGUGUUGGGAUAUCACGAUCAGUGGAGCUCACAUAUAUUGAUGAAACAUUGCAAAUUGGCGAUUCGUUUGUCGUUUCCCUACGUCUCGAUCCUCAUGCAGACCUAGGAUUGACAUACAAUCUGGCCAUUGAUGUUGAAUUAUGGUCUAUGGAUCGUCAUCGACCGCCCAACCUCUCUCUUUUCGAGCUGGAAAGCAAGCGGACGAUAGAGAUUUCCCUUUGCCCUGAGCGUCUCACUGCUGGUUCACGUACUCUGUUUUUUGAGCACUCGGCCUAUGCUGCACUCACAAUAACAGCCUAUGCAUCGCUGGUUUCGGUAUUGCCACGCAGAAAGAAACAACCACCUGAUCCGACAAUUGACACAAAGUCAAGAAAUUUGCAUUUGUCAACUGGAAGUACGUUGUUGCAUGCAAUGAGCUCCAUCGAAAAGUUUGUUGUAAGAAAUCAGAAAGCGAUGAUGGCAUCAGUUCACACUGAUACCUGUAAUGUUGCUACUGAAAUGGAAUCUCUGAAAAGUCGCCUCGACGCUGCUGUCAACCCUUGGAAUGAAGUGGAAAAUAUGGCUGUGAAUCUCAGUGCACGUCUUUCUCUUUUGUAUAGUCAACUUGUUCGGUUAUGUAUAGGAUCUCCUGCGAUCUCUUCUUCGUUGUUGCAAGGAUACAACAAAUUUCGGCAGAAAAUGUUGUCUGAAUUAUUUUUCUUUAUGGAUAGUGUACCAUCUGAUCAUUUCAAAUGUACCUGCUUAGAUAAGGUACCAUCAUCAAGUGCUGCAGCCGCGGGUGAUAACUCCCAAACUUCAUGUCGCUCACCGAUACGAGAGACCGUUUCUCAUCUUCCUUGGAUGCGGCGGAAGAACUCGAAUGGGAAACCACAUUCGUUACACCAUUCGGACCCCGAUUCAAGUCUGCAAUUUGAUCUCAACCGCCCAGAGUCAUCGUCCAUUUCUGGGAAUGACUUAAGCUCCGCUGUAGAUUUUGUAAUGGAGCGUGAACGAUUGAAGGCCACAUUAUUGGAGCAGAGGCUUUUUGAUGGAUAUUUGUACAGCGAGCAGGCUUCUCCCUGGCAAUAUACCCCUAUCGUGAACAAAAAGCAGCCCACUCAUCUAGUCGUGUUUGUUCAUGGACUGGAAGGAACAUGCGAUGAUCUCUCGUCAUAUAGAAAUAUAUUUCGUGUCGUGGCUGAUAAUGUUCCUGGAUUCUGUUACUUACUCAGUGCUUCUAAUCAUUCUAAAACGUGGUCAAAUUUCGACGACAUGGCGGAUAAUUUGCUCUCAGAAGUGCAUUCAUAUGCAUCACGGUAUAGCGAACUGCCUGCACGUAUCAGCUUUGUUGCCCAUUCCCUUGGAGGAGUUAUCGUGAGAACAGCGGUGACUCGGAAAGAUGCAUCAGACUGGCUCGUUCCCCGGUUGCACUGUCUUCUAACAAUCAAUACUCCACAUCUUGGUCUGGCUUAUGUUGGAAGAGGAAUCAACCUGGGAAUACAGCUUAUGCAAUGGUGGGUCGUGGUAAAUCAAAUUAAGAUAUCUGGCCGAAAUAGCGGCAACGUUGGAUGUCUUUCGGAGGAUAUUCUCGUCGUGCGCUCUCACUCAACGCGUGAAUGA